CCCAAUUUUUUUGGUAUUGUGCAGAAGACCGCUCAUGUUAGCUCUUGGGAAACAACUUGCGAGGAAAGUGUUUUCUCGCAAUCGUUACAACCAGAAAUUUUUCGAGCACUCAGCAGUCACUAAACCUGCAGAGAAAGCCGUUCCGGACCCUGUAGUCGAAUCUGAUGCGCAACCUCAAAUAGACUCUGUCGAUUCCCUAGGAGUCAUAUCUGGUGUGCCUGAGAAACAUUUGAAACGAAGAGUUAAAAUUUAUAAACCUCCAAGGACAGCCACACAACAAGGAAGAGGCUCGAAGUAUGCCGUUUGGAAACUAGAGUUUGAGAAGCUUGAAGAAGGAGAUCGUUGGACGAAUCCUUUAAUGGGUUGGACUAGUACUGGUGACCCGCUUUCUCAAACUGCUGUUUAUUUUCCUGAUAGAGAAUCGGCUAUAGAAUAUGCAAGACGUUAUGGUUUGUCUUACAUCAUUUACGAACCGGAAGAGGAGGAAGAACACAUCAGAAGUUUCAAUGCUUAUGGGAAAAGUAUGGUUCAUCAAUGGAAUCAUAACGGAAUUCCCAAAUAUGAAGACGAAGAAUGACAGCUUUGUUUAGUAGCGGAAAUAAGAAGCUUGUUUACGAAGCACUAGUUGUUUGGGUGUCCUUUCUGAACAAAAAGGACAACAAAAUUUGUGUUUAACUGAAUGUAUUUCGGCAACUGUUUUUUUGUUAAAGUAGCCUAGUGGCCAAUUUAAGCGUGUCCACUCUAUAUUUCCGUAUUCGUCUAUGCAGACUUUCGAUACACCAAAAUUGUAGAAAA